AACUGUCCGAUCUCAAUCUGAAAACCUGCUCUCGCUAGUUCCGAUGGCGUCUUCGAAAGUGUGCAGCAGAUUAUCGUCAAAGAUACAGUCUUUAACCCAGAAGCUAAGCAAGAAGAAUGUGCACGUCUCCUCCAUACCCUCUCCCAUCAAGUCUUCAUUACCAUCCUCACCCACUUCCCGUCUCAUUCCUUCUUUUAGAGUACCUGUGGAGUUGAGUAGCUGUGUGUCUCUGUUUCCACUACACAGUGCUAUUGCAUCUUCCAGACUAGUAUCAAGUCUCUCUGCUGAAUCCAUGAGCUGGGGUUUAGUUCCUCAAGGUAUUUCAAUGCCUUUAUGACAGUAUUUCAUCCUACAAACAAGUUUCUGAGGAUGAGAAAACUGUAUCGCACUUUUCAUCUCUUAUCCAAACUAAAGGUCCUGAAUUCAGGACAUGUUUUAUGCUCAAACUCUCUUCUGAGUUGUCUUUUUUUGUUCAUGGUUAUCAGCAAUUGAGUGAUCAGUGUAAUGUUGCUGGCAAGAUUAUACUCCGGUUUCAUUUGAAAUGUCUCAUCUUUUAC